AUGGGUGACAUAUAUUUUACCAGUGGAAAUGCAGAAGACUGUCAACGUGGAAUGAAAGUGCACAUUAAUGUUUUAUUUGAUGGACUUGACAAUGGCCAAUUUGACAAUUUCGAUGUAGUUUUAGAUGGGCUUGACAAUGUGGCCAAAGAUUUGGGUUUAGAUUUAUUAUUAGAUGGAAUGGAGCAUUAUAUUGCUACUUCUACUGGUGAUGAUUCGAUGGAGGAGGGGGCAAUAAAGGAGUGUACCGCCUUGGAGGUGAAGGUUAUAGAAGGAUUGGGAACUACAAUUGAUGUUAUAUUGAUAAAUGGUGUGCUUCAUGAAGGCGAUCAGAUUGUGGUCUGUGGAAUGCAGGGUCCCAUUGUAACAACUAUUCGUGCUUUAUUGACUCCACAUCCAAUGAAGGAGCUUCGAGUGAAGGGAUCUUAUCAACAUCACAAGGAGUUAAAGGCAGCACAGGGAAUCAAGAUAACCGCUCAGGGUCUUGAGCAUGCCAUAGCAGGAACUCAGUUAUAUGUUGUUGGACCUGAUGAUGAUUUAGAUGAUGUUAAGGAAGAAGCAAUGCAAGAUAUAAACAAUGUAAUGUCUCGGAUUGACAAGAGUGGGGAAGGAGUUUAUGUUCAAGCUUCAACUCUUGGAUCUUUGGAGGCUUUACUUGAGUUCUUGAAGACCCCAGCUGUGAGCAUCCCGGUUAGUGCAAUUGGUAUUGGGCCUGUGCAUAAAAAAGAUGUCAUGCGUGCGAGUGUAAUGCUUGAGAAAAAGAAGAAAGAGUACGCUGCAAUUUUGGCAUUUGAUGUCAAAAUUACUCCUGAAGCUCGGGAGCUUGCAGAUGAAGUUGGUGUCAAAAUAUUUGCAGCGGACAUUAUUUAUCAUCUGUUUGACCAGUUUAAAGCAUAUAUGGACAAUCUUAAGGAGGAAAGGAAAAAGGAGGCUGCAGAAGAUGCUGUUUUCCCCUGUGUCCUGGGCCUUUUGCCAAAUUGUAUUUUUAACAAGAAGGAUCCUAUAAUUGUUGGUGUUGAUAUUCUUGAAGGCAUUGCAAGGAUUGGCACGCCAUUAUGUGUUCCCACAAAAGAUUUCAUAGAUAUUGGCAAAAUAGCUUCAAUUGAGAUCAAUCAUAAAACAGUUGACAUGGCUAAGAAGGGUGAAAAAGUGGCCAUGAAGAUUGUUGGGAGCAACGCUGAUGAAGCACAGAAAAUGUUUGGAAGGCAUUUUGAAAUGGAGGAUGAAUUUGUGAGUCAUCUCACUAGAAGAUCCAUAGAUAUAUUGAAAGAAAACUACAGGUCUGAAGGGGUGAGCAGUCUUGCCACGCGAGAAAUGGAAGAGAUUGAUCCCGAGAGUAUAGAUUUUCUUCUAGUUGACCUAUUCUGGGCUGAGCUACUGGGUUCGGCUGUUUCAGGCCCCAUGCCUGGACCGGGUCCAGGUUUGGUGGAUUCGGGUAUGCACCUGGUGCAUCCCGGGGCAGGGCAGAUCUACAGGGAACCUGGCCCCCUGGAGUGCCCCGGGCCGCACCCGGGCGAACAUGGGUGCGAACCCAAGAGCCUUGCCGGCAAGUGA